UCAGUCUCGCACAGGUGUACCGGCUCCUCCCCUACAAUCUCGCAGAAGUGUACCGGCUCCUCCCCUUCAGUCUCGUACAGGUGUACCGGCUCCUCCCCUUCAGUCUUGACCAGGUGUACCGGCUCCUCCCCUUCAGUCUUGCACAGGUGUACCGGCUCCUCCAUUCAGUCUUGCACAGGUGUUUGGGCUCCUCCCCUUCAGUCUUGCGCAGGUAUUUCGGCUCCUCCCCUUCAGUCUCGCACAGGUGUACCGGCUCCUCCCCUUCAGUCUCGCACAGGUGUACUGGCUCCUCCCCUUCAGUCUUGCACAGGUGUACCGGCUCCUCCCCUUCAGUCUCGCACAGGUGUACCGGCUCCUCCCCUUCAGUAUUUGCACAGGUGU